ACACAUAGGCUAUAAAGACCUAUGAGUAUGUUAUGUAAUAAAACGGUAUUUAAAAAAAAAAAUUCUUGAAUAUAUUUUAAAUUGAAACCACCGUGACACUCUUUUUCUCUGAUGUGGAACAUCUAUAACUGUUUACUGGCAUUUAUGUAAGUUCUUUUAACAGGCUAUUCAAAAGGAUUAAUUAAAUAAAACAAACCAAACGUUUUUACAGUUACUGCUGAGUAAAAGUAAAGUAAGUAAAGUCUAAAAGACCAGUUUGAGUUAGUAUAAUAUUAUUGAUCCGGGAACGAGGCUAUAAUAGGCCAGGAUAGACUUUAAAAUAUAAAAUAGCCAGUAGAGUCUAUUAACAAAUUUGUCAUAUAAAAGCGCAUUAGCAUAAUAUGGGCCCCCCCAUCAGAUUAUAACAUGUUGGCGUUGAAAAUAGUUAUAAUCUCCUACUAAUAAAUACUAAUAUAUUUUGCUUCUCCACAUAAUUUAUAUUAAUAGUACUGAGUGAAACAAAAGGCUCAUGCAUGACAAUGGAACACGGUAAAAAAAAUUCUUUAGGGGGAGGCGACUAUUUUUAUAAUCAAUGAAGAGCCACAGGUAUUGUUAUGGUGUAAUAUAGGACUAUCUGAGUAUCUGUGGGUCUAUUGUUCAAAAUUUAGCAGGGUGUAGGUCUGUAUUUCUCAAAAUACCUAGACCGUAUGUAAAAAACAAAAUGCACCCGGUUAACCCCUAGUAUAUAUUAUAUAUAAUGAAAUAGGCAGUAAUCUAACACUUCUGCGUAUGUUAUGAAAAAAACCUGAAGUGCUAUUUAAGCGGUUAUCGUUUUAUUGUUAUCAUCAGUGGCGGUACAGCCCAUGUAGGGCCCUGCCCUGCUCCACCACAUCCUUCCAUUCGGAUUGAUCCAUGGCUUUCCGCCUCCAUGCGCAAACCCCCAGCUGGUGUAAGUCCUUCUCUACAUUGUCUAUUCAUCUCUGUCUUGGUCGGCUGGUGACCCAUCUGUGCCUAGGUUUCUGCCUGUAUAUCACUUUUGCUUCUCUUCUAAUCGACAUCCUUUCAAGGUGUCUUGUCUAGCACAGUCUGCCUUUUUAUUAUUGUUCGGACUAUGAGUGGGUCUUUUUACAAUUGAUAUGGCUAUUUGUUUGUAUGGAUUCUCCAAACAUCAAUGUCUUAUUGAUAGGAUAAAUUUCUUUUAUCCAUCCAAAUAGAUGGAAAUGUUUUGUAUGACAUGGUACAUAUUCAUUUCAGCACAUAAUAAAAAUAAAUAAUCCAACACAAAGUGUUUAAAAUAUAAAAAUUAAAACAGUUUUAACAAAUUUUAAAUAUAAAAAUUUAAACAAUUUAAUGCAUAAAAAGACAACAGGUUUUGAAAUUAUGCAUAGUUCCCCUCUAUGGUAACAAUGACAAUGAAGUUUUUAAAAUAUCAUAUCCACAAAAAUGGUUGCAAAACAUUAACUCAUGCAAAUAGGAAGGGAAAAGAUCGCAGCUUGUACCAAACGAUCAUGAUUUGGAUCAAAGGAAACUCAGUGGACACCAGCAUGAUUUGGAUCAACGGAAACUCAGUGGCCUGCUCUCCACGGUCCACAUCAAUAAAAAAAAUAACUGUUUAAAUUGCUCUUCCGAUUGGAAUAACAGGAUUUUUUUCAUAACGGAUGCUCAAGUAGUAGAUGAUCAACAGGCUACAACUCAAUUCAGAUGGCCUAGCCUGUGUCUCAGUGUUGACAGAUCUUAGAUGUGUCCAAAAUCAAUUUAUCUUUUAUAUAAAUAAUAAGGAAUAAGCUAUUGACUAUAUAGUAGGCACUAUUGGUAUUGUAACAUUUUAAAUUUGAAUUAUACUUAGUUUAUUAAAUUUAUAAUUUAUUCAUUUAUGUUUGACUUUUGUUUAGACCAAACCAAUAUUAAGUUAGACGCCAGAAAGGGAAUUAGAGCUAAGACCAAACAGGCCUGCUAGCUAACUAAAGAAAAUUAUGUGCGUUUUCUCUAAGUGACUGGGUAGAGUGAAAUUGCACACUGACUGUGUAUAUUGGGUUUCCCAGGGUACAAUUUGCUAGUUUUUAAAUGGACAAAAUUUCAACACUGCUAUUUCCGCCCUUUCUCUGUUAAAACACAACUGUCAUCAAAUUAUAGCUUAAUCAAAUAGAUAUUAAAAACUUUUAAAGUGUGUAUUGUGGUACGCAGUAUGUUAAAACCAUAGAUAUUGAAAUAUUUUUAAGUGUAUAAUUGUGGUGCACAGUAUGUUAAAACCUGCAUUUGAGACUCUCUGAGUGCUGUGGUCUAGCCCCAUAUUUGAGGAAGACAAUAAAAUUGCUACAUUCAUCACCAAAUAUGCUUAUGCUCAGAUGCAAUCCGAGAAAGAAAGCAUUGUGCUCAACCAAUCACAUAUUAUGCUUAGGGUGCUUCUUGCCCUAACCAACACCAGCCAUAUUUUAUGUGUUUAGUUCUGAUUAGGGACCAUCCAUAGCUGUUAUUAUUUUGGCUGAUUUUUAACACCCCCCCCCCCCACUAGAUGCAAUCCGAGAAAGAAAGCAUUGUGCUCAACCAAUCACAUAUUAUGCUUAGGGUGCUUCUUUCCCUAACCAACACCAGCCAUAUUUUAUGUGUUUAGUUCUGAUUAGGGACCAUCCAUAGCUGUUAUUAUUUUGGCUGAUUUUUAACACCCCCCCCCCCCACAUCAUCACAAAAAUGUGACCCCCAUAACCCUUCCAUCAUUUAUGGAUUGUGGCUAUCAAAACUUGAUAUUUUUUUAUGGAAAUUACUUUAUGUGACAACAGUUGAAUUAUUAUGAAAGAUUUAUUUGACAAAAAUGUGUUUAUACUGUUAGACUUACAAGUAAAACAUUACAAUAUGUUUGUUGUUGAUUUUCUGGAGAUUCACGCCUUUAAUUGUUAUCAAUUGUUAUUUUCCUCUAGGCCGUACCUUCCAUGACAUUCGUUUAGAGAUGGCUUCUCGGGUCAAAACCAAUGGUUUUGUAGGCCCUAUCAUCAAAGAAGGGGUGCUAUGUAAGAGAUCUGUGAUAAAGCGAAAGAUUUUGCAUGCUCAGAACUACAAGAACAGGCUGUUUAGACUCAAUGACAACUAUUUGUUGUAUUAUGAAGGGGAUUUGCAGGUGAGCAAAUGGAAUAAUUCACAAUUUUAUAAAACUCAAAAUCAAGUUUUAUAUUAAUUUAAAAAACUCACUAAAAUAUAUAUUAUAUUUACAAUGAAAAGAUGCACAAAAAUAUGACAAAUCAGUAAUCAAAUCACUAUUUUAAAUGAUAUUACAUUAAUUUUUAUAAUGAUCAGUCUCCUGGAAAGCUUAAAGGUGAUGUAAUGCUCAAGCAGAUUAGGGUUGUUAUGGAAGUUGAAGAUAAAAGACUAGAAGAUAAAGAUAAUGUAUUUCAGGUAAGUACUUUCAUUUCUAUUAAUUGAAUAUUGUAAUUUACUCAUAUUGUUUUGAUCUAAUAUAUUAGAAAUAACAGAAAAGAACAAAAACGUAAAAUCACGUAACUCUAAAUCAGCUUAUUUGUGGCUCUUAAAUGUAUUGUCUGAAUUAUUUAAGAUAGACUGAGUUUUAAAGAGUUUUUUAUUACUUGAAAUUAAAAUAGGUUUUUGACUAGUUAGUUUGAGAAAUGUGUUUUUUUCAAAGCGUAGUUAUACAUAAUCAUUUUGUAUUCUUAUUCUGUGGUUUGAAAAUAACUAUUCCCUCACAUUCACAUAAUUUAUUUCUGUUAUGUGUAAUGCUAAAUGUCACUUGAGACCCCAUUUUGUUCACAGGCCUAUAUCUGUUGUGGUUAAUGUGGCAAAUGAAACUCUGUUUCAGAAACUCAAAGAUACAAAAAAUGUGUUCUUUGUGUGCAAUAGUAGUUUUGUGUACCUCUGUGGGUUUGAACUGAUUCAGAUUUUCCCUACUGUAGUCAGAAAACAGCAACCUACUUUGCGUAGGAUUGAAAAUUGUCUGUCAACAAAAAAAAUCAGCUUUAGUCUUACCACUUAAGUUACAACUUCUGGAAAAGAGAGAAAAAUAAAUAAAUAAAGAAGCCUUUUGAAUACAUGAGUAAACUAUGUAUGUUAAUAGUUAGAUAUGUUGUUUGUUAAUAGUAAGAUAUGUUAGGCUUUACAAAUUUUUUUAACCAGUUGUGAUAAAACUGAGGGUCACAACAGCCAUCUCCUCGUCUUACCCAAAUGAUAACAUGAAUUAAUUCUUCAGUUGCAUCAUUAAUUAAAACAACUAGUUUAAUCAUGUUUGUGAUAACUUUUAAUCAGAUUGUUUAUGCCGAAAGGGAUGACUUUUGUACACUGUACAUUGUUGCAAGCAGCAAUGUUGAGAGACAAGCUUGGUUGGAAGCCAUACGAACAUGUAAGCUUUAAAAAAUUUAAAUUCCAACUCCUGCAUAUUAUUUCAGACACUAGCUAAAAGUAUUAUUUAAAAAAAUUAGUAUUUGUUGAUAUAAUGAACAUUUUUCUAUAUCAAAACAUUAGAUAUUAAAAUCAACAACUGGUUAACAAAAUCUUUAAAAUAACAAUCACAAAUUUUUUGACAUUCCUACAGCCGUAGCCGAUAACUUAUAAUUGUGAGUUCUAUAUUCAAUUAUAAAACUACUUUUAAUUGUGGACAAUGUAAAAGAGGCAUUUUUCCACUAGUUCAAGUUUUUUCACUAAUUUUCUUUUUAAGGUGCUCUCAAAUCCGGUGCUCAGUUUUUCAAUAAAUAUCAUCCAGGAGUGUGGACCAAGAAACAUGCAUAUUACAACUGCUGUGAUCAGUCCAACCGCAAUGCCAUUGGCUGUAAAUGUUGUGGUGAGCAGCAGAACUUAUUCAUUUUAUUCAGUGCCAGUAGAGCAAUAGCAUUUCAUUGGUCUUACGAUGGGGACCUGGGAUUCAAAGCUGACUAGAAUUGGGACAGGUUGUCAUACUUUUUUAAAAUAACAAAUCAUUGAGAGUAGAUGUCAGAGAUUUUUUUUUUAUUACCGGCAUGCCCGAACUGAAGUGAAUUUUAGAUUCAUGGGAUGUUCAGAACUAUGAAUUAAAAAGAUCUUUUAAGUAUGAUCAUGCAAUCAGGCUUUAAGGGGUGACUAAAAACUUCAUUAAAAAAUAAGAAUAAAAAAUAUUAAUGAAUUUUGUAUAUUAAUUUCUAGUGUGGCUUGAAAACAAUAAAAUAUGUAACUGAAGGCGGAUUAGCACACCUUUUUUUCCAGGGCUAAACAGAACUUUUCUGAUCUCUUAGUCAGAUGGUUGUUCAAAAGACCUCAGAUAUUAUGUCAUUUAAUCCUUAAAGAAAAUAACUAGCAGGUGUAGAAGAAAGUAGCCAGCUCUUAUAGUAAACUAACCCAUAAUGGGGUGUGGGUGGAGACAGUUUAGUUAGAAGAUAUGACAUUGGUGAAAGUAAAAAUUUGAGUAAUAAUCAAUUUCAUACAAAGAACAGAGAGAACAAUCCCCAGACGUAGUUGCAAUGUAAAUGCAUCGUUAUGUACGCCUCUACUUGAACAAAUGGCUCUAAGUGUUGUUUUGUUUUUAAUGAAAAUUAAUUACAAUUUUAACUUAUAUUAAAAACUAAAUAUUCACUUUUGCAAAUACUCACAUGAAUGAUCAAUUAAUCUGUUUUUUGUCAAUUUUAGAAUCGUUUCCUCAGUCAACACCUCCAUUACCCCCUGUCCCACCACCAAGAGUCGACACAGCCAAUGACAAAGUGUACAUUGCCGUCUUUGACUAUCAACCGACUGAUGAUUGGGGCUUGGAACUCAUAGCUGUAAGAAAUCAUAUUGCCCAUUGAUUUUAGCUCCUUUAAGGCAAUGCUGUAAAUUAAUUUAAGCUUUUAUAUUUACUGCUUCUUUGGCUAGUUUAUAAUUGUCUAUUUUAUUUGACUAGUGUGAUCCAUACAUUCUAAAACAUUUUUUUUUAAAAUUAUUUUUUAAUUCUGAUUUCAUUUUAUAAUAAAUUUUACAAUUCAUUCUUCUUUAUGAUUACUUGCUGAUAAAAAUAUUUUGAAAAUUGUUUUUAAUUGAUAAAUACACUCAGGACAUGUUUUAUUCAGUUUUGAGCUUAAUUAAUCCAAGUGGUUCAAUUAUUGAUUAAAAAAUGUACAUGUUCCUCUUUUGCUUUACAGGGUGAACAAUAUGUAAUAAAAGAUGAAACUGCUGAGAAUUGGUGGUAUGCUGUCAACAAAGAUGGGUAGGUGGAGAAACAUGCGAGCUAAAAUUAUUUAUAUAAAUUAAUUUUACUUCUGAAUUUAAUAGGAAAUAGAAAUUAUGAACAAUGCUUAUGUUACAGAACUCUGUUUGUUACGACUUUAAUUUAAUAACUUGAGACCUUCAUCAAAUCUCGCUGCCUUCUUGCGUUGUCUAGGGUGUAUGAAUCUCUCUCUCAAAUAAAACACAAGGUCCAGUGUAACAAUAUAAUAAUUUAUAGGAUACUUUAUAAAACAGGAUACUGCUAUUCAAUAUACUAUGGGGCGUGGAACACACAUCAGUCCAACUACCAACUUUCCACUCUCCAAGCACUACCCUCUCGACUAACGUGUUACUCGCUCCUAUCGCUACUACUCAACUAACUCUUUACUGACAACGUUUGACGACUAACGACCAACUAGCACACAGCCCUUUUAUAUCCCUACAAAUCACUCAGCAUACACGAACGUUCCACACCACGGAUCAACUUCACGCACUGAUCUCACAAUCAACAACUCACAAAACACUCUCACGAUUCACGACUCCCCCACCCAACAUUCACAACAAUCUAGUUCACAACACUGUUGAUAAUUUCAUCAUUUUUAUAACCCUUUUACAGAAAAGAAGGUUACAUUCCUUCAAAUUACAUCAAGAAAAAUUGUGGCCUUGAAAUCUUUGAGUGAGUAUUUAAAUUUAACUCUCAAAAGACUGUAGAUUUGUCCAGUUUUUAAUGACCUUGAAUUUGAAUAUAUCUUAUUCUUCACUGUGUCUCAUGGCUGUAAUUUUGUAGCUAUCUUAAAAGUAUUAUAUGUCAUUUUAAAGGUAAUUGGAUACUCUUUAAUCGAUAUUUGGUGUUUCUUCAAAAUAUCCUUGCUAAAUUUUAUUUAUUACUAUUUUUGGGCAUAAAAAAUAUUUUUUUAGGUAAAAAAAAACAUAACUUCACAGUUUUACAAAGAAAGAAACAAAAAGUGUUUCCAAUUAAAUCAAUAAAAUUGACAUUUUAUUAGAAUGUGUUCAAUACUACACAACAUAUUUAAAUUUCAAAAGAAUAGACUCAUAAAUAAAAAAAAGUUAUGACCAUUUGUAGGCAACAUAUCAUUCAAAGAAAUAUUGCUCAAAAAGUCAAAAUUAUUAUUUUUUGAAAUAAUAUUCUUUUUUUUCAAAGGAAAACAUAUAAUGCAUCAAAUUAUCCCUUAUAGGACUAUUAUUAAGUAUUAUUUUAGAAGAAAAGUAAAGAAAAAAAGCACAUUUUAAUAAAAAAAACAUUUUUUAUGCAUCCCGAGAUACCGAUCAAAUGAUGAAAAUCCUUGGCCAAGACAUGCAUAUAAAAUUCUUGAAAACAAUUUCUUUAUUUAUUAAAAAACAAAUUUAUCAAACACAAAGCCUGUGACAAAUGCUCUGAUCAUUUUACCCUGUUUUGGUAACACACAAUUGCGUCUUUUAAGAGUUAAACUGUUGAUUUAAGUUAAUAUAAAACAGAUAACCUAAGAUUUAUAAAUGUUGAGCAGAAAGAUAACCUCGCUCUUAUCUAGUUUAAAAGGAUUGAACAUCUGGUUACCUUUAUCUAUAUAGAAGGUAAAAAAUCUGAUUAUUAUUAAUAUUCUAAACUAGAAGAAAUGACCCAGUGUUACCAUGGUAACAAUGGAAUGAUGGUUGUUCUACUUUCUACCAGCUAUUAAUAGAAUAAUCUCUACCGAUCAAUCAAUUUAUUAAAUAUUGAACUGAAUCAGAUUUUAAUGUUUUGUAACCUUAAAAAUCCCCCAAAAUCCCAAAAAUUAUCAUGGCUCUUGAAAUGAAUAUUUAGGAUAACUCAAACGUUCCUUAAUUUUAUUGAAAUAUAGUAUAGAUAUUUAUUUUUCUUACAUCAUUGGAUUUUGAAAAUGUUUAUUUUCUAUAUUAAAUAGGCUUUAAAAACAUCUAAAUUCUCUUUUUCAAAACUUUUAUAUUGUAAAAUAUGCUUCUGUACACGCAAUUCAAAAUAUUUGCACACAGGACUAAGUGGGAUGAUAUGUGAGAAAAGCAUGAACUUAGGGUUUCAUUUUAUUGGCUGAGUACUGUUCAUGAGACUGAAGUCAAAAGAGGGAUGGAAGGUGGUCAACCCUUUUACAGUUAACUCAUCAAUGUCUAAGAAGUGAAAUGAUAUAUUUAUAUCCUGUGAUGUUGCUAAUAUUAUUAUUACUAUUAUUGUUAGGAUUAUUGACUGUGUAAAUAAAGUGCUUAGUGUGUUAAGUUGGACUUGAGAUUCCAUUUUGUGUAGAAGGGGCAGUAACAAUUGAUCUAGUGUUUAAAUUUAGAUAACUAUCAUCACAUAACGUGAAUAGUUACAAGUAUUAUCAGAUUUAAAAUAUAGUCAUCCAAUUAAAGAUGCAUAGACCAUUUUUCCUCCCCUCAAAAAUGUUUUCACAAGAUAGUAAGAUUAUUUCAUUCGUUUUUAAACUACAUAAUUGUAAAUUACCUGUGUUUAACAUAUUUCAGCUUUAAGAUAUUGAUUAAUAAGACACCAACAAAUUGUGUCAAUAUAACAAUAUAACAAUAUAAGUUACGCUUUAAUAAUAAUUAUACAUUAUACACAAGUAAACGUUUCGGCACAUGCCUUCAUCAGUACAAACAAAAAAAACACAUUUAAAUAAGUAACAAUUACAUUUAAAUAAUAUCAAUAUACAUAUCCUACCUCAAAAAGAAAAAAAAUAAGAGAGGGCGCUAAAACCAGAAAAAAAAAGUGUAAAGAGGAGUAGAAAGGAAGUGAUUUGCGGUAAAUUAUACAUUAGAGAGACUGGCUGUCGCCUUGGGGAGCGGUUCAGAGAACACCUCUAUAACAUAAAUAAACAAGCUCUCUGUCCGGUCUCCAAACAUUUCAAUAGCCCUAACCAUGAUGGUAUCUCAGACAUCGCAGUUACUCAGUUACUGUUAUACGCUAUACUAGUAACACUACAGAUAGAAUCUGUAUGGAGAACAAAUUAAUAACAAGAUUUGGUACGUUGUCUCCAUAUGGAAUGAAACAAAUCCACAAUUUUACCUAGCUGCCAUGUCUUUUUCCUGUUUGGUUUUUACAAUUAUGUUCAAAUCACUUCCUUUCUACUCCUCUUUACUUUGUUUUUCUUAAAAGUACAGCAAGUGAGUUUGGUGUGUAAUAUAUUUAAAAAAAAAAGAAAAUCCAAAUACAACCAAACAAAAGGUUUUGUUUUCACUAAAGCAAACAUAUUAUGAUUUCAUGAUAAUUAUUUUGUAGUGGAAUUAUAAUUUUGUGCAAAAAGUAAAUCAAAUUAAGUAAAAUAUGAUUUGUUUACAUUUGAUUUAUUUCUCUAUAUUUUCAGUAGAGCAAAAAUAAAAUUCCCCAGAAGUGCAAAGACAGCGUGCAAAUAUGUGUUCAGUGUGCAUGUAAUAAAAACUUAGUAUUUAUUAAAAUAAAUGGUGUAGGGAAUAGUGGAUUGAUAGGCUUCAGACAUGGGCCCCCACUGUGAUGAAUAGUUGAUGGAUAGGCUUCAGACAUGGGCCCCCACUGUGAUGAAUAGUUGAUGGAUAGGCUUCAGACAUGCACCCCCCCCCCCCGUGUUGUAUAGUGGAAUGAUAGGCUGCAGACAUGGGCCCCCACUGUGAUGUAUAGUGGAAUGAUAUGCUGCAGACAUGGGCCCCCACUGUGUUGUAUAGUGGAAUGAUAGGCUGCAGACAUGGGCCCCCACUGUGAUGUAUAGUGGAAUGAUAGGCUUCAGACAUGGGCCCCCACUGUGAUGUAUAGUGGAAUGAUAGGCUUCAGAAAUGGGCCCCCACUUUGAUGUAUAGGGGAAUGAUAGGCUUCAGAAAGGGUUUUGCAGGUUAUAGCUAGUUUUAUUAGAUUUAAUUUGAUUUGCUUUCAGUAAUAUAAAACAAAACUUGUUUGAAAGAAUCCCAAUUGGAAACAGAAAAUGUGUUGUGAACACAAAUGUACCAGUUGUUUGGUGCAGUUUUCAUUUGUGCCCCUUUGAACAUGGUGACAUUGGUUCAUCUCUAAUAAUAAUCCCAAGUGGAUCUUAGCUCACUCUCAUUUCCUGCUCUCCUCUUCCCCCCCCCCCCAACCAAAUCGUACAAAUGAAAUAAUACAACCAUGCCCACAACUCAUGGUCAAAUUACAAGGCAAGGCAAAUGAAAGUCAAUACAACUAAACAAUGGUGAAUAGAUGGAGCCCAACUGAAAUUGUUAUUAUGGAUAAUGAAACACUUCCUGUAUGUUACAGAUACAACAUUUUUGAGUUGCCCCAGCCAGUUCUUAUAUAUAUAAGGAAAAUAAUCUCAAAAACUUAUGAAGCUAAUGUUGCCUUCAUUGAAGGUUAAAUUAUUAUGGUGGCGAACAAAUUGUAUGGCAUAUUAAAACAUAACAUGAUACUUAAUUAACUAAUAAGAUAACAUAAAUAAAAUUGUUUUUAAAAAAAAAUUUUUGCUUAAAUGCACAACUAUGCAUACUAAAGCCAGCUAUUCAUGCACUGCAGUCCAAACUAUACUCAUAAAUUUAUGCACAGCUGUCUAAACUAUACCCAGCAAUAUAUGAACAGCUGUCUAAACUAUACCCCCCAACAAUUUAUGCACUGCUGUCCAAACUAUACCCAACAAUUUAUGCACUGCUGUCCAAACUAUACCCAACAAUUUAUGCACUGCUGUCCAAACUAUACCCAACAAUUUAUGCACUGCUGUGCAGACGAUACCCAGCAAUUUAGGUGCUGCUGUAGAAGCUAUGCCCAACAAUUUAUGCUCUGCUGUAUAAACUAUAUCAAACAAUUUAUUUGCUUUAAAUGCACUGCUGUACAAACUGUAUGCAACAAUUUAUUUAAUUUAAUGUACUGCUGUACAAACUAUACCCAAAAUUUAUUUGCUUGAAGGCACUGCUGUACAAUAUUUACCCAACAAUUCGUUUUCAUCUGGUAAACUAACAUUUGUUUACUACUCCAGGUGGUAUUAUAAAGAUUGCUCAAGGGAGAGAAGCAAAGAUCUGUUAAUGCUUGCAGCAAAAGAAGGCUGUUUUCUUGUACGUGAGUCCAUCAGUAGCCCUGGCGAAUACUCUCUCUCCAUUUACACAACAGAAAAGUGAGUCCACUACUUCGACUUGUUCUAUUAAAAUUUUAUUUCUUUAAAAUGGUACACAGAGGUGGCACACCUUUCUCUAAUUUUAGGGAAUAUAAAUUUCUAAUUUUUAUGUUUUAAAGUCCUUUUUUGUUUACACUUAAAAUGUUCUUGACAUUGCACAGCCAUAAAAAUGUAUUUUGGAUUAAUAUAUAAAUGGUCCUACGAUUAUAAUAGAAAUAUUUUUUGCUGUUAAGUAAGAAAUUUCUUUUGCUUGUUUUGUGCUUUAAUAUUUGUUCUUAACUCCAGUGGCGGUAAUGUCAGGCAUUACCAGAUAAAACGCAAUGAACUAGGUCAGUAUUACAUCUCAAUUAACCACCCACACAACAGUAUUCAGGAGUUGGUCCAUUACCACAAGUAUAAUGCUGGAGGUAUGUGGAUUACUCUUAUAACUAUUCAUUAUUUGACCUUCAUUGUUUAAACUCUUUGUGUAAUAUUAAGGUUGUUUUCUUUUUGUUUCUAUACAGGACAAGCUUCAGUUGUUUGGAGAUUUUAUUUGUUCAAUGUUCUUUACAUUUCAAUGACCUUAUCAUUUAAUCAAUUUUGUCAAAGAAAAUAAUGUCUUCUUGUUCCUGCAUUUCACCAACACAGGCUUUCUCUAAGUCAGUUUUUCCCUCCCCACAGGGGGACAAUGUGAAGAAAAAUUAGGAAAAAUAAGUUGCUGAUAUUGGAAAUGUAUUCAGGUUUUGAAAAAAUAAGGGGGGGGGGGGAGCAAUGUUGGACGGGGACCUUUUUUAAGUUAAGCAUUGCCAUAAAGUAACACAAUGUAACUUAAUGUAAGUUUUAUUCAAGAAAAUUGAAUUUUGAAGCCUAAAAACCAUGGGAAAGGGAAUAAUUAGGAAAAAUAAGUUGCUGAUAUUGGAAAUGUAUUCAGGUUUUGAAAAAAUAAGGGGGGGGGGGGAGCAAUGUUGGACAGGGAACUUUUUUAAGUUAAGCAUUGCCAUAAAGUAACACAAUGUAACUUAAUGUAAGUUUUAUUCUAGAAUAUUGAAUCUUGAAGCCUAAACAGCCUGGGAAAGUGAAACUGAAAUUAUUUUUUCUUCUCCAGGCAUCUACACACGGUUGAGAGAUCCUCCACCUCGCGGUGAUGCUCCAUCAACAGCUGGUUUCAGUCGCAGUAGGUUUCUUGGUCACAUUUUAAGCAAAGUUUUGCAUUCAAUUGAGUCAGCCUUUUUCUAGAGUUGUUAUUUUACUAGAAAAAUUGUAUCAAAAUUGUCGAAAGAUCUAAUCUAUGCAAUCUUACUACUUGGUUACAAAAUAUGUAGUUUUAACAAAAUUAUGAUUUUUUUUUAAUAUUACAAGUACAUUUUGCAAGGCCUUUUUUUUUGUUUUAAUAAAAAAAUGUCCUAGCAAUGUAAUUUCGACCUGUAACUUAUCAUUUUUUAUUAAAAGUAUCUAUUUUAUAUUCAAGGCAAAUGGGACUUGGAUCCAAAACUUUUAACUCGAGGAAGAGAAUUGGGCAGAGGAUGUUUUGGGGUAAGACAUUUGGAUUUUUAUGCACUGUGUAUUCUUUCUAAGGCAUUCCUUUUACAUUAAAAUUGCAAAAUUGUAACAUUUGACCGAUGUAAAUAGGUUGAAUGCUAAUGGCUCUCCUUAUAUUUGACCGAUGUAAAUAGGUUGAAUGCUAAUGGCUCUCCUUAUAUUUCACCGAUGUCAAUAGGUUAAAUGCUAAUGGCUCUCCUUAUAUUUGACCAAUGUCAAUAGGUUGAAUGCUAAUGGCUUUCCUUAUAUUUGACCGAUGUAAAUAGGUUGAAUGCUAAUGGCUCUCCUUAUAUUUGACCGAUGUCAAUAGGUUGAAUGCUAAUGGCUCUCCUUAUAUUUGACCAAUGUAAAUAGGUUGAAUGCUAAUGGCUCUCCUUAUAUUUGACCAAUGUAAAUAGGUUGAAUGCUAAUGGCUCUCCUUAUAUUUGACCAAUGUAAAUAGGUUGAAUGCUAAUGGCUCUCCUUAUAUUUGACCAAUGUAAAUAGGUUGAAUGCUAAUGGCUCUCCUUAUAUUUGACCAAUGUAAAUAGGUUGAAUGCUAAUGGCUCUCCUUAUAUUUGACCAAUGUAAAUAGGUUGAAUGCUAAUGGCUCUCCUUAUAUUUGACCAAUGUAAAUAGGUUGAAUGCUAAUGGCUCUCCUUAUAUUUGACCAAUGUAAAUAGGUUGAAUGCUAAUGGCUCUCCUUAUAUUUGACCAAUGUAAAUAGGUUGAAUGCUAAUGGCUCUCCUUAUAUUUGACCAAUGUAAAUAGGUUGAAUGCUAAUGGCUCUCCUUAUAUUUGACCAAUGUAAAUAGGUUGAAUGCUAAUGGCUCUCCUUAUAUUUGACCAAUGUAAAUAGGUUGAAUGCUAAUGGCUCUCCUUAUAUUUGACCAAUGUAAAUAGGUUGAAUGCUAAUGGCUCUCCUUAUAUUUGACCAAUGUAAAUAGGUUGAAUGCUAAUGGCUCUCCUUAUAUUUGACCAAUGUAAAUAGGUUGAAUGCUAAUGGCUCUCCUUAUAUUUGACCAAUGUAAAUAGGUUGAAUGCUAAUGGCUCUCCUUAUAUUUGACCAAUGUAAAUAGGUUGAAUGCUAAUGGCUCUCCUUAUAUUUGACCAAUGUAAAUAGGUUGAAUGCUAAUGGCUCUCCUUAUAUUUGACCAAUGUAAAUAGGUUGAAUGCUAAUGGCUCUCCUUAUAUUUGACCAAUGUAAAUAGGUUGAAUGCUAAUGGCUCUCCUUAUAUUUGACCAAUGUAAAUAGGUUGAAUGCUAAUGGCUCUCCUUAUAUUUGACCAAUGUAAAUAGGUUGAAUGCUAAUGGCUCUCCUUAUAUUUGACCAAUGUAAAUAGGUUGAAUGCUAAUGGCUCUCCUUAUAUUUGACCAAUGUAAAUAGGUUGAAUGCUAAUGGCUCUCCUUAUAUUUGACCAAUGUAAAUAGGUUGAAUGCUAAUGGCUCUCCUUAUAUUUGACCAAUGUAAAUAGGUUGAAUGCUAAUGGCUCUCCUUAUAUUUGACCAAUGUAAAUAGGUUGAAUGCUAAUGGCUCUCCUUAUAUUUGACCGAUGUAAAUAGGUUGAAUGCUAAUGGCUCUCCUUAUAUUUCACCGAUGUCAAUAGGUUAAAUGCUAAUGGCUCUCCUUAUAUUUGACCAAUGUCAAUAGGUUGAAUGCUAAUGGCUUUCCUUAUAUUUGACCGAUGUAAAUAGGUUGAAUGCUAAUGGCUCUCCUUAUAUUUGACCGAUGUCAAUAGGUUGAAUGCUAAUGGCUCUCCUUAUAUUUGACCAAUGUAAAUAGGUUGAAUGCUAAUGGCUCUCCUUAUAUUUGACCAAUGUAAAUAGGUUGAAUGCUAAUGGCUCUCCUUAUAUUUGACCAAUGUAAAUAGGUUGAAUGCUAAUGGCUCUCCUUAUAUUUGACCAAUGUCAAUAGGUUGAAUGCUAAUGGCUCUCCUUAUAUUUGACCAAUGUAAAUAGGUUGAAUGCUAAUGGCUCUCCUUAUAUUUGACCAAUGUCAAUAGGUUGAAUGCUAAUGGCUCUCCUUAUAUUUGACCAAUGUAAAUAGGUUGAAUGCUAAUGGCUCUCCUUAUAUUUGACCAAUGUAAAUAGGUUGAAUGCUAAUGGCUCUCCUUAUAUUUGACCAAUGUAAAUAGGUUGAAUGCUAAUGGCUCUCCUUAUAUUUGACCAAUGUAAAUAGGUUGAAUGCUAAUGGCUCUCCUUAUAUUUGACCAAUGUAAAUAGGUUGAAUGCUAAUGGCUCUCCUUAUAUUUGACCAAUGUAAAUAGGUUGAAUGCUAAUGGCUCUCCUUAUAUUUGACCAAUGUAAAUAGGUUGAAUGCUAAUGGCUCUCCUUAUAUUUGACCGAUGUAAAUAGGUUGAAUGCUAAUGGCUCUCCUUAUAUUUGACCAAUGUAAAUAGGUUGAAUGCUAAUGGCUCUCCUUAUAUUUGACCAAUGUCAAUAGGUUGAAUGCUAAUGGCUCUCCUUAUAUUUGACCAAUGUAAAUAGGUUGAAUGCUAAUGGCUCUCCUUAUAUUUGACCAAUGUAAAUAGGUUGAAUGCUAAUGGCUCUCCUUAUAUUUGACCAAUGUAAAUAGGUUGAAUGCUAAUGGCUCUCCUUAUAUUUGACCAAUGUAAAUAGGUUGAAUGCUAAUGGCUCUCCUUAUAUUUGACCAAUGUAAAUAGGUUGAAUGCUAAUGGCUCUCCUUAUAUUUGACCAAUGUAAAUAGGUUGAAUGCUAAUGGCUCUCCUUAUAUUUGACCAAUGUAAAUAGGUUGAAUGCUAAUGGCUCUCCUUAUAUUUGACCAAUGUAAAUAGGUUGAAUGCUAAUGGCUCUCCUUAUAUUUGACCAAUGUAAAUAGGUUGAAUGCUAAUGGCUCUCCUUAUAUUUGACCAAUGUAAAUAGGUUGAAUGCUAAUGGCUCUCCUUAUAUUUGACCAAUGUAAAUAGGUUGAAUGCUAAUGGCUCUCCUUAUAUUUGACCAAUGUAAAUAGGUUGAAUGCUAAUGGCUCUCCUUAUAUUUGACCAAUGUAAAUAGGUUGAAUGCUAAUGGCUCUCCUUAUAUUUGACCAAUGUAAAUAGGUUGAAUGCUAAUGGCUCUCCUUAUAUUUGACCAAUGUAAAUAGGUUGAAUGCUAAUGGCUCUCCUUAUAUUUGACCAAUGUAAAUAGGUUGAAUGCUAAUGGCUCUCCUUAUAUUUGACCAAUGUAAAUAGGUUGAAUGCUAAUGGCUCUCCUUAGGGGUUGUUUUUUUUUUUUUGGCUGUGAUUUAUGUUGGGGACGUCCAUGGAGCACAAAUUUCCCAGUUGAUGAACAUCUUCCCGUUACCUCUGUCUCAUCACAGGUUGUUUAUGAGGGAGUGUACAAGACUGGUCAGAACCUGAUGCCAGUAGCCAUUAAAGAGAUGACAGUUAAGCCCUCCUCUGAUGAAGUGGUCCAGGAGUUUAAAACAAUGACGUGAGUCCAAAUACAAACAUAUAUUUUCUUAUGUGCUUCAUUUUAAUAAAUAUCAUCAGUGGGAUGCUUCUGAAUAAAUCUGAAUGGCAUUGCCUUGAUAUUCUAGUUUCUGUUGUUACUAAUGUUACUCUUUUAAAGUUAAAUAAUACUUAGAAGUCUUUCUUCAAAUCUAGACAAUAUCAUUUGUAAGCCCACAUGAUCAUUUUUACGAUUUUUAUGGGUGGUCUUCUUUUUACGUUGCUACAUAUCCCUGUUGUUGGGGGGGAUACCAUCUAUUGAUAUUAUGGUAUUUAACCAAAUUUAAAGCCAUACAAUUAACUAAGAAAUGUUUAAGCAAGAAAAAUUAUUUUGACUUGUAAUGAAAAGGCUGUUAUGGGAAACCGAACAAUUCAAAUUCAUUUGCCAUCAUUUUUUAAAUAGUUAAUUAAUUAAAAAAAGAGACCUUUGAUAUCGUUUAACAUAAAAGGCUUUUUGGAAUCCACUUUCAUUUUGAUUUUACUAUUUCAUUUUGAUUUGACUAUCUCAUUUUGAUUUUACUAUUUCAUUUUGAUUUUGCUAUCUCAUUUUGAUUUUACUAUUUCAUUUUCACACCAUUUGAAAAUCUGCAAUUUACAGUAAUUUAAAUAAAAAUAUUUAAAUGUACGUCUGUGUGUGUUACAGUCAGUUGAGUCAUCCCAAUCUAGUCCAGCUCUACGGUGUCAUCUUGAACAAUGAACCACAAAUGAUCAUUACAGAACUCCUGAUUCAUGGUAAGGCAUUAAAUCUGUUUGAACAUCUUUAGAACUCAUUUGAACUCACUAACCAGUGACAGGAAUGACAUACUUAAUGGGAUUCAUUCUGGACCUGUAAGGCUUUAAAUAUUUUGUUACAUACUGUUACGGUUUUGAUGAUUUAAUUUGUUUUAAGAUUUGGCUCAUCCAUAACACAGGACUGAGAAAAAACGAGUAUGUCAAGAAAACAAUAGCAAAGCUAGUGAUGCCAACCCACUAUUGAAUCAUUCAAUGACAUUAUUAACAUUUCUAUCAAAUAGAUCAUUUCAAAGACAGAAAUACUCAAAUCUACAUCAACUUAGAACAUGGCAAGUGAACAAGUAGACUCCUCAAAAUACAAAUAGUAAUUCACACACACACAAUUAUAUAACGUCUUUUAUAGCAAAAAUAUCUCCUCUCUCUCUCCCUCUCCCUCCCUCCCUCUCUCUCUCCCUCCCUCCCCCCUCUCCCUCUCUCUUUCUCUCUUUUUCUCUCUUGCUCUUGCUAUAAACAGAUCUUUUACGUCCACACCAUCUAGUACAGUAUUAACAAAUCUUUUACGCCCACACCAUCUAGUACAGUACAAACAGAUCUUUUAUGCCCACACGAUUUAGAACAGUAUAAACAGAUCUUUUAAGCACACACCAUUUAGUACAGUAUAAACAGAUCUUUUACGCCCACACCAUCUAGAACAGUAUAAACAGAUCUUUUAUGCACACACCAUCUAGUACAGUAUAAACAGAUCUUUUAUGCACACACCAUCUAGUACAGUAUAAACAGAUCUUUUAUGCACACACCAUCUAGUACAGUAUAAACAGAUCUUUUAUGCACACACCAUCUAGUACAGUAUAAACAGAUCUUUUAUGCACACACCAUUUAGUACAGUAUAAACAGAUCUUUUAUGCACACACCAUCUAGUACAGUAUAAACAGAUCUUUUAUGCACACACCAUUUAGUACAGUAUAAACAGAUCUUUUAUGCUCACACAAUUUAGAACAGUAUAAACAGAUCUUUUAUGCACACACCAUCUAGUACAGUAUAAACAGAUCUUUUAUGCACACCAUUUAGUACAUCAUAAACGGAUCUCUUACACCCACACCAUUUAGUACAGUAUAAACAGAUCUUUUACACACACACCAUUUAGUACAGUAUAAAAAUAUCUUUUAUGCACACACCAUUUAGUACAGUAUAAACAGAUCUUUUAUGCACACACCAUCUAGUACAGUAUAAACAGAUCUUUUAAGCACACCAUUUAGUACAUCAUAAACGGAUCUCUUACACCCACACCAUUUAGUACAGUAUAAACAGAUCUUUUACACACACACCAUUUAGUACAGUAUAAAAAUAUCUUUUACGCACAUGCCAUUUAGUAUAAUAUCAACAGAUCUUUUAUGCCAACACAAAUUUAGUACAGUAUAAACAGAUCUUUUAUGCACACACCAUUUAGUACAGUAUAAACAGAUCUUUUACUCCCAUACCUUUUAGUACAGUAGCAACAGAUCUUUUAUGCAUUCCAUUUAGUACAGUAUAAACAGAUCUUUUACACACACACCAUUUAGUACAGUAUAAACAGAUCUUUUACUCCCACACCUUUUAGUACAGUAGCAACAUAUCUUUUAUGAAUUCCAUUUAGUACAGUAUAAACAGAUCUUUUACACACACACCAUUUAGUACUGUAUAAACAGAUCUUUUAUGCACACACCAUUUAGUACAGUAUAAACACAUGUUUGAUGCACACAACCGUUAGUACAGUAUAAACAAAUCUUCAUAUCAUUAUGAACAUGAUCAAAUCAUUUGUAAACAUGUCUCAAAAGUAGUGUGGGAAAUUCUGUAAAUAGAAUGCACUUGUUGCUACUGUUCAAUGGAACCACACAUACAAAUCUAAGUCCUAAAAAUAUUGACUAUAGCCAGCAACCAAAAGGUCAUUAAAAUGGUUCCUGGUUUAGGAGAGAACAGGUUUUUCUAUCUCCCCUCCCCCACAAUAACCCGUCCCAACACUAUGAAAACGUAAAGAGGGUCUGGAAUGUACUUCCUGGUUCACUUUUGUGUACUAUCCAGGCUGUAAAUUUUCCAAACUAUAACUUAUCAAUAGGGAAGGAGGGGUGCAGGGGAAGGGCUGUCAUUUUAACUUCACAUCCUAUCAGAUUAGGAUAGCAUAGUAUAUGGCUCAAAUUGUCUCUUUAGGUGUGGGUGGGGGUGGGGGGCACCUGGAUGAUGGCACCAUAUCAAAGAUUACCUGUUUUGAAUUAUUCAUUAAUAACCUUAAUUAAAAUAUGUGAAAAAAAUGUCUUCUUUUAGCGAAGCUUAAAAUUGUACAAACUGCAUCAAUAUGAUAGGACAAGAUUCUUUAUUUAUCCAAAUAAAUAGAAAUGUUUUAUUAUUACAAUGUAGAUAUUCAUUUUCAGCACAUAAAUAAAUACAUAUUUUAACCAAGACAACAUUUAACAAUUAAACAUUAUAAACACAAGACAUCUGAAUAUUUCUAUAGCAUAGUAAUCAGCCAUAAAUAACCACCUUAGUGACAAUAAUUGCUUAAUUAGUGAUCAUGUAGAUUUUGUAACCCCUGGGGAGGAGGGAGCCCGCUGAUUCUUUUUAAAGACUGGGGAACAAAAGAAUUUGUAUAUCUUUCAGUCCUAAAUUUAAGAAAAAGAAUUGGCUCUGAUCGAGCUGAUCUUAGGUAUCUGUGAUGAAGAGGUAGGGAUGUAUCAUAUAUACAUAUAUAUAUAUAUAUAUGCAUGUGUGUGUGUGUAUAUACAAACCUUUUUAAAUUAGGUGCAGAUGAUUUGAUAUAGCCAAACAUUUAAUGCAUUGGACAACUUCCCAAAGAAAGUAAACAGAUGAUUUGAUAUAGCCAAACAUUUAAUGCAUUGGACAACUUCCCAAAGAAAGUAAACAGAUAAUUUGAUAUAGCCAAACAUUUAAUGCAUUGGACAACUUCCCAAAGAAAGUAAACAGAUGAUUUGAUAUAGCCAAACAUUUAAUGCAUUGGACAACUUCCCAAAGAAAGUAAACAGAUGAUUUGAUAUAGCCAAACAUUUAAUGCAUUGGACAACUUCCCAAAGAAAGUAAACAGAUGAUUUGAUAUAGCCAAACAUUUAAUGCAUUGGACAACUUCCCAAAGAAAGUAAACAGAUGAUUUGAUAUAGCCAAACAUUUAAUGCAUUGGACAACUUCCCAAAGAAAGUAAACAGAUGAUUUGAUAUAGCCAAACAUUUAAUGCAUUGGACAACUUCCCAAAGAAAGUAAACAGAUGAUUUGAUAUAGCCAAACAUUUAAUGCAUUGGACAACUUCCCAAAGAAAGUAAGCAGAUGAUUUGAUAUAGCAAAACAUUUAAUGCAUUGGACAACUUCCCAAAGAAAGUAAACAGAUGAUUUGAUAUAGCCAAACAUUUAAUGCAUUGGACAACUUCCCAAAGAAAGUAAACAGAUGAUUUGAUAUAGCAAAACAUUUAAUGCAUUGGACAACUUCCCAAAGAAAGUAAACAGAUGAUUUGAUAUAGCCAAACAUUUAAUGCAUUGGACAACUUCCCAAGGAUAGUAAACAGAUGAUUUGAUAUAGCAAAACAUUUAAUGCAUUGGACAACUUCCCAAAGAAAGUAAACAGAUGAUUUGAUAUAGCCAAACAUUUUUUAUGUUUCAGAUUUGAUUGCUUGUCAGAUUUGUUAUCCUUGAUGUUUUGUUGACAUGCUGUCAGAUGUGUUAUUUGUUGUAACUACCUAGUACUACUUACCUCAGUUUGAUUUCUGCUCAUCUCCUACUGGGCAUGAAGACUAAUGGUGCAUAAUCUUUUAAAGAAUCUUCCUUUAAUUUUAAUUUUUAGUUCUUGGUGAUUCAAAUUCUUAAAGGUCAACAUUGGAAACACUAAUGAUCAAUUUCUUUCUUCUCAGGGGCUCUAAAUGGUUAUUUGACACGUCAUCGUCAAAAACUCUUCUACAACCAAAGCAAACUGUUGGAUUUCAGUCUUCAGGUAUCUACUGUCUAACAUAGGUGCAAUAAACGUCUGUUCUGUAUUACAUGGCCUGCUAUUUCUAUUUUCAUGUCAUUUCAGUAUAAGCCAUCAUCAUUCCGUAUAAGCAGUCAUCGUUCUGUAUAAGCUGUCAUCGUUCUAUAUAAGCUGUCAUCAUGCUAUAUAAGCUGUCAUCAUUCUCUUUAAGCUAUCAUGUGACUAUUUUGUUAGCUUUUAUAUAAUUGUGUAUUUUAAUUUUUAUAUUUUCUUUGAUAUAUUUGUUCAUUUAUGUUUUCGUCUACACAUUUGUUCCUUUAUGUUUUCGUCUACACAUGUGUUCCUUUAUGUUUUCGUCUACACAUUUGUUCCUUUAUGUUUUCUUCUAUACAUUUGUUCCUUUAUGUUUUCGUCUACACAUUUGUUCCUUUAUGUUUUCUUCUAUACAUUUGUUCCUUUAUGUUUUCGUCUACACAUUUGGUUCAUUUAUGUUUUCUUCUAUACAUUUGUUCCUUUAUGUUUUCCUCUACACAUUUGUUCCUUUAUGUUUUCAUCUAUACAUUUGUUCCUUUAUGUUUUCAUCUACACAUUUGUUCCUUUAUGUUUUCCUCUACACAUUUGUUCCUUUAUGUUUUCGUCUACACAUUUGUUCCUUUAUGUUUUCGUCUACACAUUUGUUCCUUUAUGUUUUCGUCUAUACAUUUGUUCCUUGUUCUGCACAUUCAUGAACAUUGUAUCCAAAUCCAUCUUCUGUUUUGUUUUGUCUUAAAUAAUCCUUUCUCCUCUCAUAAAGCUUAUAACUUAUUUCCCAGAAUAUGGGCUAAUUCAACAAACUAUACCAUUUCAGGUCUGCUGUGGGAUGGAGUACCUGGAUAAGAGAAACAUAAUUCACAGAGAUUUGGCAGCAAGGAAUUGCCUGGUUGGCAGAGAGAAUGUUGUCAAAGUUGGGGACUUUGGCUUGGCCAGGUAAUGUUUUGAUGUGAUUGAAAGUCAAAGUUGGUGACUGGCUUGGCCAGGUAAUUUUUUGCUGUGAUUGAAAGUCAAAGUUGGUGACUUUGGCUUGGUUAGGUAAUGUUUGGGCUCACAGUCCUUAUCCAACUUUGGGCUCACAGUCCUUUUCCAACUUCGGGCACUCUGAAUGUUGAAAAGGCGGCCAAUUCUUUUAGCUAUAUUUUUUUUCCAAAUCAUUUGUUGAUGCCAGGGAGUUUUUUUUUUAUCUGAUUCAUUAACAAACCUGGAAUAGUAAAUAUUGGAUCGGUAAAUAUUGGGACAGUAAAUAUUGGCGCAGUCAAUAUUGGAACAGUCAAUAUUGGAACAGUCAAUAUUGGAAAAGUCAAUAUUGGAACAGUAAAUAAUGGAACAGUAAAUAAUGGAACAGUCAAUAUUGGAACAGUCAAUAUUGGAAUAGUUGGAACAGUCAAUAUUGGAACAGUCAAUAUUGGAACAGUCAAUAUUGGAACAGUCAAUAUUGGAAAGUCAAUUUUGGAGCAGUCAAUAUUGGAAAGUCAAUUUUGGAACAGUCAAUAUUGGAGCAGUCAAUUUUGGAGCAGUCAAUAUUGGAGCAGUCAAUUUUGGAACAGUCAAUAUUGGAACAGUCAAUUUUGGAACAGUCAAUUUUGGAACAGUCAAUAUUGGAACAGUCAAUUUUGGAACAGUCAAUAUUGGAACAGUCAAUAUUGGAACAGUCAAUAUUGGAACAGUCAAUAUUGGAACAGUCAAUAUUGGAAUAGUCAAUAUUGGAACAGUCAACAUUGGAAACUCUUGUUGUUAUGUUCAAGACUUGAGCAGAUUUAUUCAACAAAAUUUUUCUUAUCAUUAAGAGAGGUCUUAAAAUAGUUGGUACAUGCCUGCAGGAAAUAUCAUUUUUACUAUUUUUUUCAUAUGUGCCCUGAAACCCCAUACUAUAAUAAAAUGUUGGGUAACUACCUAUGAAGUUUUCAAGUCCAUAAUGUUAAAUAUAAAUCAAUGGCUGAAAUCAUGAAAACAAUAUUUUAGUGUAUGACAUUUUUUCUCGUAUAAUGAUUUUUUUAAUCUGACAUGUUUUAUAUGAAGAGUAAAAAAAAACAACAGAACUCUUGGUAAUUUACCACUUGAGCGUCACCGAAGAAAAAAUCCAGCUAUUCAGGUUGGAAGGGCUAUUUAAACAACUAUUCCUACAUUGGAGUCUGUUAAUAUUUUUGCUUCCGUAUAGAGGCUAUAAAGUUAUAUAGCACAAUACUAAUACAUUUAAAUAAUUAUUAAUGCCAAGCUUCCGAUAUGCCAGGAAGAAAAGGAGACUACAAUUAUUAUUUUUUUGGAUCCAGAUGACGCGGAUGUCCACACACAGAAUGUGAAAAACGUGAAUGCUCAGAAAGCGUAAACUGAAAGGACAGUCUGGCACAAGAAGCGCCGGUGAUCUUUCCCCUUCAUAUUUACGUGGAUUCAUGUACCACAACCGUUUUUGUGGAAAUUAUAUUUUUUAAAACUUCAUUGUCAACUUAGGGGAGAAUUAUGCAUAAUUCCAUUUUCACACAUUAUCUUCUAUUUCAAAAAAAUUGUAAUAGUUUUUUCUAUUUAAAAAAAAAUUGUCUAUUAUUAUGGGAAGGGAUUUACGGGAAGCGUUAUCCACACAGCUCUGUGAAUAACGCCGAGCUUUAUCGGCGAGCGUUAUCGGCAGACCGAGAUCUGCGAAUAAUGCUGAGCGUUAUUGUUAGACAGAAAUGUUCCCAUAAUUGCGCACAUUUCUAGAAAUAAUUAGGAUUACAUUCCAAGCCGGGGUAGGCGUGUAGUUUUAAGUAGUGUAGGAUAGCUCGAUCGUUAAUGAGAAUGGCACAAACACAUCUCAAAACCGAAGCUACCGGUAUGCACAAGUUAAAUUUAAAAAAAUUAAUAGGCCUAACUAUAGCCUAUAUAUUGGAUAUAGGACAAUUAAUUGUGCCUACAUCUGCUCUGUUAGGGGCCAACAUAAGAUCUAUUCGACCUAUAGAGUGUUACUAAUAGAUCCAGUCAAACCUCCUACUCCUAGACAUAACUAAUUUUCUGGUAUUUCAUAUGAAUUGUUAUACCAGUAAUAAAAAUGGUACCGGUAUUCUUCAUGUAGACUCACUUUCACCCACUGUAGAGAUAUCUUUAAAUGAUGCCAAAGCUUGAUAGGAUAUCGUUUAGUUUUUUUAAAGCACUAUGAUAUAUCACGUAGUCCAGAAAUGUUCUGUCAGAAAUAUUAUAUAUAGUUGACAUGCCGUGCAACAUUGUUAUGAUGCAGAGAGGUGUCUCCAUCAGGCGGCCAUGUGAGAGACGGGAAGGGGCAUACAGGCGGAGAUACUGACCACUACACUACCGAGGAGAUGUUUGCAAGCGAACUUUGUAUUUUAUAUUCAUAAUUUAAUUUAUUACAUUCUGCGAAUAAUGUCAAGCGUUAUCGGCAGACCGAAAUCUGCGAAUAACGGCGAGCGUUAUCCGCACAGCUCAGUGAAUAAUCACUUCGUUAUGGGAAUGAAUAGUAUAACCAAUGUCAUUAAAAAUAAUAUAAGAAUAGAGUCUAGUUGUUUAAAUAGCCCUUCCAAGCGGAACAGCUGGAUUUUUUCUUGGCCGAGGCUCAAGUGGUAGAUUACCGAACUCUUCUAAAAUAAUUAAAAAGGCGAUUAGAAAAAAAAAACUAGCCAUUUUUGUGGCUAUACAUACAGCUUUAGCUGUAAAUUUAUUUUGAUCAUAAGUCAACAUUUGGAUAAUGUGAUCUUCAAACCUCUUACUAAUUUCUGAAGUAUGCAGAUCCUUAAACUUGGUUUAAAACAAAAUAUACUUAGAUAACUACUCCAUUGGACAUAAAACUGGUGAUUAAAGCUUUCAUAGAAAUUGUAUAAGUCCCUUGGAUGUUGAUCAUGAUGAAUGCUCUCUGUAAAUCCCUAGGAUUGUGCUAGAUGAUGAUGAGUACCAAAUGUCAGAGGGCACCAAAUUCCCAUUCAAGUGGGCACCGCCAGAGGUUCUCUUUCACAGAAAGUUCAGCAGCAAGUCGGAUGUAUGGGCGUAUGGUGCGUGGUACUUGACAUAAUUCAUAAAAGAUUGUUUGGUGAUCUGUUUUGAUGUGAUUUGUUAUGACUGUAUGAUUGUUAACUUGUUAUGACUGUAUGAUUGUUAACUUGUUAUGACUGUAUGAUUGUUGACUUGUUAUGACUGUAUGAUUGUUAACUUGUUAUGACUGUAUGAUUGUUAACUUGUUAUGACUGUAUGAUUGUUGACUUGUUAUGACUGUAUGAUUGUUGACUUGUUAUGACUGUAUGAUUGCUGACUUGUUAUGACUGUAUGAUUGUUAACUUGUUAUGACUGUAUGAUUGUUAACUUGUUAUGACUGUAUGAUUGUUAACUUGUUAUGACUGUAUGAUUGUUAACUUCUGUCUGAUUAUUUUGCUUGUAUGUUAAUCAUCAGGGCGAGAAAAUACAUAUACUCAUACUUGCCAGUCUGAAGGUAAACCCAUAAAUGUACGAGUAGUAUGACCGUACAAGUCUACGGUUUUUCACUGGAUUUCAAAAAUAAAUAUUUACGUUUUAAAAUUCUAACUGGCAUUGUAAUAAAUUCAAUGUUGGUCAACAGGAAGCUGAAAUCCUAUUGUUCCCUUCCAUAUGACCUUUAGCCAAAAGUCUGGCUUUAGUAGGUUAUCUAAAUUUAGAAUCUGUGUGGGUUUUAGUGUAGACCAUUCGUAAAUACUAUUAUUAGCUACUUGAGUAGUAAACCAUGAUUACAAAUCAGUUUAUGUAAUUCUUUAUAUCCACAUUAGCAUGUAUGGUAAAUAAUAUUUUAAAAAAACUAUCUACAUGACUUUUUCCCCAUCUGUGAAAAUACAGCUAUAAAUUGAUUGUAAACUUAAUAACUUUGUCAAGAUGGAUGAAAUGUAGCUUAUUUCCCUUUAUUAAUUUAUAUAUAUGAACCUGUAUCACUACAAUUAUACAAAGAAUAUUAUGUCUAAUGAAAUCUAAAUUCCUAUUACUCAUUCAUCAUCAAGUCAUAAAAAAAUUGAAAUUGAUCAGUGUACAAAGCACAAAAUCUGAGUUAAAAACAAGCUAUUGUAAUUUAAAAGAUGUCAACAUCCAGAUGUUAACAUUAUAAAAUGUGAGUGUGCAGCACAGGGGGGGUCUUAUAGGCCUACCAAGAAAGAAAAGUUUGCAUAAAUUCAAAACAUUGAAAAUUGAAGAAUGAACAAGUUAUAAAUUAUGAUUUUUUUUUUCAAAGUUCAUUUUUGUGUGUACAGUCUUUCAUGCUAUUGUUCGACUUUGUGUACAGUUUGUGCCCAAAAGGUUGGAAUCUCUGCACAAAGAUGGUAUGCUUAAUAACAGAAUGAGAUAACAUCAUUGUUUCAUUAUCACUGAUGUGAGAAAACAUAAUGAUUAUACAUGAUCACUAGUUUGACAAUGGUUUCUCCAGGUAUUCUGAUGUGGGAAAUCUACUCCUGUGGUGAGAUGCCCUACAGUGGAAUGAGUAACCCAGAUGUCCUCAAGUAUGUGGCUGAGGAGGGAAAACGACUUGAGAUGCCAAGAGCUGCGUCCACUCCUAUAUUUGAGAUUAUGAAACACUGUUGGGCUACUGUGAGUAUACUGCUUUAAUCUGUUGUAUUAUUGUUCUUCUAAAAAUAUACUAUUUAAAAUGUUGUUCUAUAAGUCUGUUGUAUGAAUGUUGUACUAUUUAAUUAAACUAUUUAAUCUGUGGUAUAAUUUUUGUUCUAUAAUUAUACUGAUUUAAUCUUUUGUAUGGAUGUUAUUCUAUAAAUAAAAUAUAUAAUCUGCUGUAUGAUUGUUGUUGAAUACUAUGCUGCUUUAAUCUGCUUUGUGAUUGUUUGUCUAUAAAUGUACUGAUUUACUCUUCUUACUGUCUAUAGCUAAGCUCUAAUUUUAUCUUUCUCUUUUUAAUAAUUUUGCCUACCUGAUGAAGACUUUCAGUCGAAAUGUUUGUUUUAUUGUCUUGUAUUAUCAUUAAAGCUUUCGCAUAUCAUGUUAAUAUCUUCAAUGCAGUCGUUACUAUAUUAUCCUUUGUAAGAUUAUUGUUCUAUGAGUAUACAGAUAACUUUUACAUUAGUAUCUGACUUACUUUUGUGCACAGGGGAGAAUUAUUAUAAAAAUAUGUGUUUGGUGAGAAUAUAGGGAAAUUACAUUUUAGGUCUGAAUCCACUGAACUUUUUCAUAAUGAAAUUGAAAAGGUUCAUAAAAAGUUUAUUUGAUGCUUUUUAACUUUUUCUUUAAUUUAUUAAUUUUCAGCAUCCGUUUGACCGACCAACCUUCACCCAUCUAAGAAACAGUUUGGAAAGGUUGAAUGCCAGGGGAGAUUACUUGCCUGCUGUGAUACCUUGAUCAAAUUCUCAAUCACAUUGUCUAAACCUGAUGGUGUGAGGUUUGCAUCACCUGUUGGUAAAGUAGGAUUGUAAGCUGAAACCUACCUGAUGGUGUGAGGUUUGCAUCACCUGUUGGUAAAGUAGGAUUGUAAGCUGAAACCUACC